UAUUGACAGUGCAAAUACUUAACAAUAUUAACAAAAACAUGGUAAAAGAUCGUGAAAAAAAUGUGUUUAUAAAAUCCGCUCUUAGGCUGUUUUACUGUCACGAACAAAACAACGUAUUUCUAAUAUGGAGUUCUACAGAAGUCUAAGGAAUUUUGAACUUCUUACGCGUGAUUUUUUCAUUAUAUAUGAUAUUAUUGACGGCAAUUAACGCUAAUAACGAUAGGAAUUAAAAUAGUAAAAUGGUUAUAUUGUGAGGUUUAUCGUAAAAGUUACAUUGCCACUUAAAAAUGAAUUUAAGUGCGACAACAUUAUAACUCAAUAAUUAUUAUUCCAUAUAUAUCAUCACAUGAAGGUAUUCUUGCGCUUAUGAAAUUUCCAAUAAUAAUAUCAAUAAUGAUUCAAACUACUUCAUAAUCUAAAAAUGAAUCCAAUUCAACAUACGCGUGGGGAAUUUGUUAUAUGGAAACUUUAUAUACUUUUGUUUAUAAAACAUAGAAACAUUUUAUACAAGUUAAUAAUAUCUAAUUAUUCGUUUUAAUAUUCUAUGGGAGGAGAGAGAGUUUCUCAACCCAUUUAGAUGGCGUUUGUGUGCUUUCUACACGAUCAGAAGUAGCGUUUCAUUUCCAUGUGUUUUGAUGAUAAUAUAAUACUUCAACCCGCGACGGGGAGAAGAGGAAGUUUACAGUUUCAUCCCCACGUGCCCAAGCUCGAGAGUACUCGGGCUGUAGGCUGAUAAGCAGGACCUGUUUUAAACGUCAUGGUUUAUGUUUUCAAAACUUUUAUUUAUUGUCUCCGUCUGAUGUUCAAGUGCUUUCGAGAAAAAGCGACACCUAGUGACAAUGUUGCUAAAUAAAUCGCAACAUUUAAUGUAGCCCUACAGUUAUGCACUUAACCAUGGCUUCACUGAAUAGGAAUGGUACUGUUCAGUUACCACUGCUUCUGAAUAAUAUAGAACUUUAAUAUAAUGGUAUAAAAAUAUUUAAUCUAAUAACAAUAGUUUGAUUACUUCAUUACUUUCAUUUGAUUACUUCCACUAGUCUAACCUACAUAGAUAGUAAAUUGGUCACUGUUAUUCGAGCAACCAAUCAGCGAUAAGCAACGAUCGUUUCUUGCAGAAUAUAAGGAUAAGGUCGUCACAUUUAGGAUCAUACCUAUAAGUGCUGCAUCAAACGUAUCAAAUUAAAACAAUUUUUAAAUUUCACCCGUAACAGUUCGUUCCUGUAAUCGAAAAAUUGCAAAAAAGGAUUUAUAAUUUCUUUGAAUGAUUUUAAAAAUGAAGAAUUUUCAUGUGAUUUAUAAACGUGCAUGUUGAUAUAUUCGAAUUAUAAAUGUCCUAACUAAAUUGUUAUAUUUGAAUUUCUGAUUUCAAUUUAAUUAUUUUAACCUAUGCGCAAAGAAUUAUUUAAAUUGUUUUCAUCAAUUUUUUAAAUAAUUUAUAGUGACAUGCAAACUGUUAAAUAUUGUGUUGAAGUACAUUCGUGUUUUGCAAUAUUUAUAUACUCUAUAUAUCAUAAAACGUUAAUUUCUUUUUUGUAAUAUAAGGAAUGGAAAAAUCAUUAAAACUAAUAAUACACAGAAGUCAGAUAAUUUUUGAUAAUGUCAGUAUUACUUGGAAUUCUGCGAUUAAAUAUCUGCAUCAAAAUAAUGAAAAAGGAGUUAAAUCAAAACCUAAUAUCCUCGACAAUAAGUUGCAUUAUAAAAUAAUAGCAGUUCCCCUAAAUCAAAGGGGAUUUAAUGCAUAUCUUGUUUCAUUAUAUGUUAACAGUUUGAUAAAGUCAAAUACUUAUCGUAAGACUGCAAUACAGGUUUUAUUGGAACAUUUAUCUUCAAUGACACAUCAAGCCAACUCUAAAUAUAUAAUUUUAAUAAAAUUACGUACACCAAAAAAGCAAUUUCUAGAUUAUAAAUGGAAUGAGAGAAUAACAAAAAUAAUAUUAGAAACAAGAGAAUUAGAUUAUGCUAUGUCAUGGUUAUCUACACUAGGAGGAGCAUUUUCUGCCUUAGGCGAAGAAUUUCAACAUUGUGCUCAGAUGGCAGGAAAAAUUUCAAUAAAACAAUUUCAAUUAGCACUACAUCUUGGAAAUCCCCUUCUCGUUGCUCGUUGUAAAUUAUAUGCAGCCUUAAGUUUGAUACAACAAGGUUAUUUCAAAACACCAAAACAUAUGAUCAAAAAUAUAUACAAACUUGCAGUGGAUCAGAAUGAUACACGUCUGCAAAAUAUGUAUCACUUCUUGAAAGGACUAUUACCAUCACUGAGCAAGAGUACCCAUUGGAUCCCAUGCUGGUAAAGUAACAGGUUCCUGCUCGAAUACAGCUAAAACAUCAGCAGGUACAAAUUUUCUAUCUACGACAGCUUCAAAGACAAACUCUGAAAACCAAUCAGCUGUUAAAAUAUGAUAGCCUUUCUGACCAUGAUCUUCUCCCCAAGAAUUUUCUACUCUGAACUUCUUGAUUUUAUUUUCAUUCUAAAAUUGCAAAAUAUACACUUAUUAAUUUAUAUUUUUACCAUAUAUAAAUAAUCAUAAAAAACUUACAUCAAUAGAUACAGCUGUAAAUGCCAUUGCGUGUAUCAUCAUAGAAUCCCCAUAAAGUAAUCUAUCUGCCUUUGUAAGACCUAUCUGUACGUCUGUUCCAAA